GGGCGGACCCGGCGGGGCGGCGGCACCACCACCAUGUCGGAGGCGGCGGUGGCGGACACCCGGCGCCUGAACGCGAAGCCGCAGGACCUCACGGACGCGUACGGGCCGCCCAGCAACUUCCUCGAGAUCGACAUCUUCAACCCGCAGACCGUGGGCAUGGGCCGCGCCAGAUACACCAGCUACGAGCUCCGCAUGCGGACAAACCUCCCCAUCUUCAAAUUGAAGGAGUCGUGUGUGAGGAGACGAUACAGCGACUUUGAGUGGCUGAAGAAUGAGCUGGAACGAGACAGUAAGAUUGUAGUGCCACCGCUGCCUGGAAAAGCUUUGAAACGACAGCUUCCCUUCCGAGGAGAUGAAGGCAUCUUUGAGGAGUCCUUCAUCGAGGAGCGGAGACAGGGCCUAGAACAGUUUAUUAACAAAAUUGCUGGACACCCACUGGCACAGAACGAGCGCUGCUUACAUAUGUUCCUGCAAGAGGAGACUAUUGAUAGGAAUUACGUCCCAGGGAAAGUGCGCCAGUAGGAGCACCUGGCACUGUCUUCCUCCAUUCCACCCUCCCUCCUGCAAAAAUGACAUUUAUUUUUACACUAAAUCUGUCUUCUCUGAACCAG